AAUUAAAACAGUGAAUCGAUUCGUAGUCUUUGUUAGAACAGAGUAGCCUUAUCGUCGAGCAUUUUAUACUACAAAAAAAGUCGUGAAACUCGUGCAAACUUUCAUUAACACUAUCAUGAACUUAUUGUGGAAAAAAGAGACCAACGAGCUAGGGUCAGCAUUCGUGGAUAUAACAAAAAAAGUUCGAAGUAACUCUGCAAUCACCAGUCGUAUAGCUGCUGAGGAAAAAGAAUUUUCGAAAAAAUUAUCCGAAUCAACGAAAAUCAAGACCAAUCGAUUAUCGGUCACAUAUCGCGAGAAUGGAAAUUCAAAAUUCAAGCAACAGAAUUGGAUGGAAGCAAUGGAAUUAUAUAAUCAAAGUCUAUGCUACGCGGAAAUCGGUUCCGAAAACGUAAGCAUGGCGUAUGGUAAUCGAUCGGCAUGUUUUUAUCAUAUGCAGAUGUAUCGCAAAUGUCUACAAGACAUUGCACUGGCCAAGGAAGCAAAAUAUCCUGAACGUCUGAUGGCGAAAUUAGAUAAACGAGAAACCGAUUGUCUUAAACUGAUGACGGUUGUCGGUCAGGAAGAGGAAUUUGUGGCGAAUUUAAGUUUCGAAGCUGACGCGAACUUUUCGGGCAUGGCCAACGUACUACAAAUUCAACGAAAUGAUACCUUCGGCAGAUAUAUAACAGCGAACCAAGAUAUUGAUGUUGGGAAAACAGUUUUAGUAGAAGAGGCAUUCAUGUUAUCUGCGUCAACCACAAGGUCAAAGGUGUGCCACACCUGUGCUAAAACAUCGAUGAAUUUUAUCGCUUGCGACCAAUGUACUUAUGCUAUGUUCUGCAGUGUCGAGUGUAUGCAGAGUAACAAUUUCCACAAAAUCGAAUGUCAAUGUCAUGGCUUUCAGUAUCUAGACCUGCCCAUUCAGCAUCUUCUUCGGACCAUUUUCCUUGCCCUUCAAAUGUUUCCAAGCGUGGACGAUUUAAUGGAAUUUGUUCAGAAUACAGUCGCAGGUGCAUCUGGACUGGUGCCAGCAAACGUAACUGAUCUUAAAUCGAAAUAUCGUUCGAUUUUGAAGCUGAAUGUUUUCAUGACCUCAUUGCAUCGUCAGUGCUUCCUUCCCGAGAUAUGCAAGCUGUACUCAUCAUUGAUGUGCUUCCCAUUGAUGAAACAACAAUUCACUACAAUACAGAAACAACGAUUCCUUCUGCAUCUGCUUGGUCAUCAUAUUUGUGUCAUCAACAGUAAUGCAUUCUCCAAUCACGGUGAUCAAUAUUUUACGUUCAUCAUACAGUCCUACUUCAAUCAUUCAUGCAUUCCGAAUUUGGUACGCUUCGAAUGCGGUAACAAAACAAUUUGCACGACCACUCGGCCGGUCAAGAAGGGUGAUCAAUUGUUUGUUUUCUAUUUGGGCUAUGAAAUGAAGGACCGGCAAUCGAAAGCUAAUUUUCUGCAGGAAAAUUUCGGAUUUCGGUGCAAGUGCGAAAAGUGUGUGAUCAGUGAUUGGCAUCCGAUUAUGCCGUUAGCCGAUCCAGAAUUCCAACACAUUUUGCGACAGUAUCGUCACAAUGAACAAGCAAUCGUGAACAACCAAAACAAGCAAUUGCGUUCGGAGUUAAUCAGUGCGGGUAUUAAGUUUCUGCGUAAAUAUGGUGCUGAGCCCAGUAAGUUUGAAAUUGGACCGAUCGAGGAGAUAUUCGGUAAAUUGUUGGAGAUCCAAGCAAAUGGUCGGUUGCUUUAUUGAUUUCUUUUUUUUUGUGAUUUUGCCCUCUUUUUUGUAAUAAAAUCUGUUGAAUGUU